CUCUAGUGUUACCAGCGCAGGACAACAACCGACUGAGGGGAAGUUAACUUUGACAAACUCCUGAUAAAAGCCGAUAUAAAGUUGAUUUAAGUUCCUCUCUGUGAUGUGCGGGUGUAUUUAAAGUGCCCCAGCCGUGAAGCAGAUGUGGAGUGGCCGUUAGUGCUGGAUGGAGUCGGGAUUCGAUGUCCAGCGGUGGGCCGGUGGAGGCUCACCCGCCGUGGGAGCGUCGCAGCGCCGCAGGAAGAUGCCUCCGCGAGCCGCUGAUUAUAAAUUGCAGGUGAUCAUCAUCGGCUCCCGCGGCGUGGGCAAGACCAGUCUGAUGGAGAGAUUCACCGAUGACACCUUCUGCGAGGCGUGCAAGUCCACUGUGGGUGUGGAUUUUAAAAUCAAAACAGUGGAACUGAGAGGAAAGAAGAUCCGGUUACAGAUCUGGGACACGGCGGGUCAGGAGAGGUUUAACAGCAUCACUUCAGCGUAUUACCGUGGUGCGAAAGGCAUCGUACUCGUCUAUGACAUCACCAAACAGGAAACCUUUGACGACCUGCCCAAAUGGAUGAAAAUGAUUGAUAAGUAUGCGUCAGAGGAUGCUGAACUCCUGUUGGUCGGGAACAAGCUGGACUGUGAGUCUGAUCGCGUCGUCUCACGGCAACAAGCCGAGAGGUUUGCUUCACGGAUAUCAGGUAUGCGUUUCUGUGAGGCCAGUGCCAAGGAUAACUUCAACGUGGAUGAAAUAUUUCUUAAACUAGUCAAUGAUAUUUUGAAUAAGAUGCCACUUGAAGUCCCCAGUAAUGAGCUGUCCAACAGCAUCCUAUCACUUCAGCCCGAGCCCGAUAUUCCACCUGAGCUGCAACCUCCUCGCACUCGCUGCUGUUGAGAUUCAGCUCGAGCACCUUAAAGCCCCAAACGCCUCCCUCACUCAGUAUUAUAUCUCAACACAAGCUGUUACAGCCACCAGAGGGUGAUGUGCUCAUGACUCCAGCCCAUAUGGAUCAGUAUUUCAUUUGUAUUCCUCCUCCACAGUAAAUGAUUCAGAAACGAUCGACUGUUUUAUUUAAUACAUUACAAAUAUGGCACAUCAGAUGAAUAGAUCAGAAUACAUACACGCAUUUCUUUCUGGCGCCCCAUAUUGCACUACCUCAUUUCUGGGAAGCACAGGAUCGUGUUUGUCCUACAUGUGUCUCCCCUGUUGGAUACUACUGCAUACGCACCACAUGCAUAUGCCAUAAUCCAUCAACUCUAAUUUACUACACUUUACAUUGCCAUGUAAUGCAUAUGUGGGACAAAGGAGACAAGUUUAAUUUCUCUUCCGCAUUUAAAGCACACAUUUGUCAUUUUGGGAUGCAUACAUCACUGGUUCUUCCAGGUCUCAAAUUAAGAAGCUCUUUUCUGAAUUAAUUUGGCAUUCAUAGCAAAGUGGAUGUAAAUUUCAUGCCACGUGUAAUUGCUUUCUGUCGGCUGUGUGUUUACGAGGUGGUUCAUUCGGCCUAUUAUUGAGUUUGGGAGUCAUCUCAUUUAUUAUGACUUUAUGCCUUGCGGCCUUAUCAGUGUUCGGGUGAAUCUCACAAAAACAUGUCAGGGUCACAUUUCACCCCCAAAACUAAGAAAACGAAGCUGUAAAAUGCAUUAUUUCAGUCAUGCGGAUGGGUGUUUUUACUUUGACUUUUUUGUAAUUCCCAUUAUUCUAAUGUGCAUCAAAUGCUACCGUUAUGCACAUCAAUGCUUCUCAAUUUAAAUAAAAUACUUUUUUUUUUUUCAUCUUACAGUAAUGAGAAUGAGAUUUAUUCACACCACAUUAACAGCAUUUGGGACAUGUUCUUGACAGAUUUUAUUGAGAUUCACCCGUUGUUAUUUUUUUGAGGAUUAAAUUAGAUUUAAUUUUAUUUGAUGUGUUUUGCACUACAAUCUAUUCAUAGCUAGUUUAUGAGCAGCUAACAUGCUGAACGUUAGUGAAGGACCUGUGUACAGGAGAUUAAUGUUAUUGUUGCUUAGAAGUUCUCUGUCAAUGCCAUUAACUUUUGUUUUGCAAAUAAAAGUCAUUAAUUGGGUGUCGCACGGGUCGGACUUGCGAAUGCGGAACUGAAAGGGCUAUUUCUCCACGGAGAGUAGAUGAAGGGUAUAAAGAGACACGGUUUUGAUACUCGGAUGGGUGUCAUCAUCAUCAUAUACGGAAGAAUAAAAGUACACUUCUUCCUAAGACUCUCCCAUUAAUGUCAUUUUGCCACUGCUUCCAGUGAAUUUGUUGAAGUUAUUGGCCCAAUCAUUGAUUAAAUCAUCUAUAUUGCCUGUAUAGAUGAAGGACUGAAGUUAAAAGGACAGUUCACUAAAAAAGGAAAAUUCUCUCAUCGUUUAUUUGCUCUCAUGCCAUCACAGAUGUGUAUGACUUUCUUCUGCUGAACACAAAUGGAUUUUUGUCCAUACAAUGCAAGUGAAUGGUGGUCAGAACUUUGAAGGCCCAAAAAGCACAUAAAGGCAGCAUAAAAGUCAUCCAGCCUCAAGUGAUCAGGUCCAUGUCUUCAGAAGUGAUAUGAUAGGUGUGAGUGAGAAACAGAUCAAUAUUUAAGUCCUUUUUUUUUUAUACUGUAAAUUAUCUUCCCUGCCCAGUAUGUGGCGAUAUGCAUGAAGAAUGCGAAUUGACAAAAACAAAAGAACAAAUGUGGAAGUGAACGUAGAAAUUUAUAGUAAAAUAAGAUUUAAAUAUUGAUCUGUUUCUCACCCUCAUCUUUCAUAUCACUUCUGGAGACAUGGAUUUGAUCACUUGAGGCUGGAUUACUUUUAUGCUGCCUUUAUGUGCUUUUUGGAUCUUCAAAGUUCUGGCCACCAUUCACUUGUGUUGUAAGGACCUACAGAGCUGAAAUAUUCCUCUUAAAAUCUUCAUUUGUGUUCUGUAGAAGAAAGUAAGUCAGACACAUCUGGUAUAGCAUGAGGGUGAUGAUGAGAGAAUUGUUAUUUUUGGGUGUGCUACCCCUUUAAAAGGACAGUUGCAAAUUCUGUCAUCAUUUACUUGUUCCCUCUGUGGAAGACAAAAGGAGAUGUUAGGCAGUUUGUUAGUCUCAGUCACUAUUCGCUUUCAUUGCAUCUUUUUCCAGACGUAAGAAAGAAGUCAUUUUUCCUAACAUCUUUUGUGUUGAGUGAAAGAAGUCAUGAGCAGGUUUAGAACAUUAUGAGGGGAAAUAGUGACAGAAUCUUCCUUUUUGGUUAAACUAUGCCUAGAUACAAUAUUAAACAUAUUACAAAUAUAGUUGUGUAUUACAGCAGUCAUUUUUUUAAAAGGUGUUUUGAUGGCCUUGCACAUGUAAAGGGUAGCACUGGUCGUUAAUUAUUUUCUGCCAAUUUAUGGGAGUUUUAGUGGAACUCUAUAUAUAUAUAUAUAUAAAAAAAAACAUUUGUGUUUCUUAUUGUGUGAAUCUUAUGAAGUAAUAUCUAGGUCAUUUUUCCUCAAAAAAAAAUUAUAAAAAUGUUAAAAAAAAAAUUAAAAAAAAAUGAAUAAUAAAAAAAUUAUAUAUAUAUAUUUGUUUUUUUUGCAUUAAGAAAAAUCCUAUUUUUUGGAAUAGUACUUUUUUUUUUACCCCACAGUUGUAAUUACUGUAAUGCCCCAAAAAAAUAUAAUAUAUUAAAAUGUAAUUGUCAUUACAGUUCAGUAAAUUGACAAUGAAAUGCAGUAUAAAAACCACAAAAUUUAUAUAUAAUUACUGCAGUUUAAAAUGACAGUAAUUACAGUAUUUCUCUUGAAUAUAGUCAACAAAAAUAGGCUUUAUUAUUAUUACUUUUAGGUGACACAUGGCCUGUAUGUUCUUGCCAGGUUUUGUGAGAUUCCCAGUAUUAUUUCAACUAACAAAAUCGAUGCUAGUCGUGAGUUGUGCCGAUUUGUUUAUGUUGUGUGUUUCUGAUAAAUGCGUUCACAUGACGUCCCCGUCAGAAGCCAGUGUUACACUGAUCAGCCUGUUUUAAUAUCUGACUAUUGUGUUGUUUAGCUUUUUUGCUGUAUUUUUUCUGUUCUGUAUUAUUCUAAUAACCCCAUCUAACUCUCCGUUUUAUUGUCAGAGUGAAAUACUAAUUGCAAGACCUUAAAAUGUAAAAACCAACCUAAACUUAUGGUUUAUUUGUGGUAACGGUGUUAGAGAACGUGUUUAACCUCACAAUUGUUCAUGUUUGCAAGCUUGUGCCAUAUUCUAACAUUUUCAAUCUUUUUCACCCAAGUGCUUUAUGUCUCUGCAGGAUUGGUGAAUUUAUUAUUUAUUUUUGAUCAUAUCUGAAUUCCUCCCAACCCUGUAGUUACAAGUUAUUUAACUUGCGGCAACAGAAACCUAGUGUUUUCAUAUUGGUUGAAGGCUUUGUCCGUUUUAAAUGUAUUGUAAGCUUUGCAGAUCUUCCCAAAUGGAAAUGGAACGUCAUGUUCUACAGAAAGUCUGUCGAUGAAACAUCAAGUUUCAUUGUAAUUCACAGUCAUUUCCAGUUACUCUUGUCUAGUAGCAAUACACGUUGCCUUUAGAAAUCUUUAGUUUUGUACAGAAUAUUUUGCCGUAUUCUUGCUUCAAUCUCUUGGCCAAUUGCAGUAUUUACAAAAACAUGAAAUGGAUUCUCAUUGCAUUGGAAAACAGAAGAGUACUUUGUACAAAUAAUACGCUGAUAUUAGGUAUUUGGGACAGUUUGGCAUGUUUAAGCGGUUUUGUGAUAUUUAUAACUUGUGGCAUUCUUAAACUAAUGACGUGCAAAUA